AUGAGCGACUCGUCACCAACACGCCGCCCAUUCCACGGCUCCUGCCACUGCGGCUCCAUCCAGUACAUCAUAUUCCUCACACUUCCCCACCAACCCCCAUCCAGCGACACAUCGCCUCCCCUGGGUUCCACCCGCUCAAACCAAGAGUUCUACCGCUGCAACUGCACGCCGUGUCACAAAGCUGGCCACUUUCACAUCCGCUUGGAUUGGGCUCCUCAGGACUUCGUGCUCCUCUCCCCGCUUGAUCCCCUUACCGAGCUUGGGGAUUACACCUGCAACGCCGGAUCUAUCCACUGGCCAUUCUGCAAGAAUUGUGGGGGGAGGUGCUUUCUCUUCGUCGGGCAGGGGGAAACGGCAGAAGUGGACCUGGAUGACAUAGGCGUCAAUGGCAAGGAUGGCAAAAAGAUGGGUAAGAGAACCAUAUGGCGGCCCAAAGCUGAGGGCUGGGACGAGCACAAGGCUGGGUGCUAUCUCAGUGUAAACGGAUACACUGUCGAUUAUGGGCAGGAGGGAUUUGAGUUGGGUGAAUUCACGGCAAACAAAUUGGUCGCGUACCUUGACUGCCUUGAGCUUUCAGGUCGGGAGAGGGAACCACGCUACGACAAGCCGUACGAGGGCGGCGCGUUCUGA